GGGACCUGAAUUUCAUGAAACUGCCCGCCCGCAGUGUCGGUUGGGUCCCGCUCAACCCACGCGUCCCCGCCAAUGUAGUAGUUUGGGCCACCCAAAAACAUCGACCACGACCGCAGACGAGACGGCCGAUGCCCGAGUUGUCUUGUGUGCAGGCCUCGCUAAAAAGAACACGAACCGUAUCCCCACCAGACUGGUAUCGCCUUUUGUUGGGUUGAUCGGGGCUGAUGUGGUUGAUGGCACCUUCGCUGUGGUGCCUCUACUAUGUACAUGGAGCUCGCAGGCCGUGGGGAGGCGAGUUAUGUGCUAGCAGAUGGGAGGAAGGGCUGCGCAAAGUCGCCGCAAAAAUCAGGCAGCUCAGACCUUCUGUCAACCCUCCAACUACCUAGGAAAGCAUCAUGCGUAUGCGCAAAUUUUCAAGCCACAACCGUCAGAUCAAGAGCGAAGAGCGGAAGCAAGCAGCACUAACAAACCGCCGCAAAGAGCCGGCUAGCUCCAAAGUAGAAGAUGUUGCCAAACC